GUAUCGAGUAAAUACUUGUAUUAAUCGGAUGGUUGCAUCCCUACGAGUGAUCGAUCGCCAUUUUGCAUAGCUUGCUUUCUUGUUGUAAAGAGUGUGUUACUUUACUUGUGCUUAGUUUUAUGUAUUCUAGGUGUUAUUGUGCCUGUGAUAAAGUUUUAUUUAUCUAUUAGUUAACAUAAGUUUACAGUGGUGUAUUUAGUUUACAUUAGUAUUUAAGUUUGUUAUAAACAUGGGCAGAAAGAAGAAGAAGGCAUCAAAACCUUGGUGCUGGUAUUGUAACAGAGAAUUCGAUGACGAGAAGAUAUUGAUUCAACAUCAAAAAGCGAAACAUUUUAAAUGUCACAUCUGCCACAAGAAAUUGUACACUGGUCCAGGCUUGUCAAUACACUGCAUGCAGGUACACAAAGAAGCCAUAGAUAAAGUACCAAAUUCAUUACCAAAUAGGUCAAAUAUAGAAAUAGAAAUCUAUGGUAUGGAAGGUAUUCCACCCGAAGAUAUAAGAGAACAUGAGAAGCAGAAAUCAGGUGGUGGUAAAGGAUCUGACAGUGAUGAUGAUGAGCCUGCAGCAAAGAAAAAGGCUACACCUGCAUUGUUAGGACCUGGGCCGUCAAAUGUGACGCCUGGAAUUUUGCCAACACCAAUGGGGCCUGUGCCUCCAGGGAUGUAUCCAGGGCACAUGGGUAUGAACCCCAUGAUGCCGCCAUUCAUGCAGGCACCAAGGAUGAUGAUGCCAGGUAUGCGACCACUGUUUCCUGCUGCAAGCAUACCAACGUCACAACCUAGUAAACCCACUUUCCCUGCGUACAGCAAUGCCACAAUAAGUGCCCCUCCUACGACGUCAACGUCGAGUAAUUCCGAGCCCAAAGAGAAUGGUGAUGUGAAACCUCCAGCAGCUAACUCAUGUCCCCUGGUGACGGCCACAGGAGCCGGCUCUAAGAUAGUUCACCCUCCGGAGGAUGUGUCUUUGGAAGAGAUACGUGCUCGCAGCUCCAAGUACCGGCCCAAGCCUAAACCUGACGCCCCCACACCACAACCGACCCCCACGGCCAUCAUCACGCCUAGCACUAGCCAGGCUGAGAUGCAGGCGGCGUACAUGUCGCAAACGGUGGCGGCACACAUGAACGCGGCGGUGGCGGCGGCGCGGCAGCAGGCGGCGGCGGCGCUGCGGCGGCCGCUGAUGCAGCCGAUGAUGCUGCCGCAGCCGAUGCGGGUGGGCGUGCCCGUGUCCAUGCCGCCGGUGAUGGGCGUGCUGCCGGUCAUGCCGCAGUUCAACCUCAUGCGCCCGAUACAGCCCGGCAUGCUGCUGCCGGGCGGGAUGAUGCAGAUGGGCGCCAUGUUCCCGGGCGGCGUGCCCGGCCUGCCGGUCAUGCAGCCGCGCUUCCGAUAGCCCCGCCGCCGCAGGUAGGCGCUCGCCGAGUUACGUACGUUUAGUCGCUUGACCCGCGUCGGCGUAUACCUGGCGGCAGGCAGGCAGGGGACAGGUAAGGGACGGGGGACAGGUGACGCGAGUCGCCCGAGCGCGAGGUUGGGCCGGCAGUUCCCUGCGCGCGCGCAGGCGACAGCUGCUGUCACAACGAGCGUUGUUGGAUUGGCGGCCCCCUGUCCCCGUUAGCGAUCACUCGUCGAUCACCACUACCCCCAUCACACGAGCUCUUAUCACCAUAGACUUGUCUGUCGGCGGCAGAGUUUCUCAGUAGUGUCGAUCUCGGUUUAUUAAUUUCUGGUGUUACACUGAUGUGCGUAAGAAUAAAUCUGAAAACUUUUUAUGUAAUGUUAUAUAUUUGCCUUGAAAUUUUUUCUUAAGCGUUUCCACGUGAAGUUGUGACGUUUGCCUAUUCUUGUAGAAUUUUGACUAUUUUACUGAUUAAAUGCUAUGAACACGAGGCU